CACUUACCCGCAUCUGGAGAUAUCGGAAAUUCGGAAUGCUGCCGGCGUACUGUACGUAUGUUUUUGCUUAAAGCAACUUCCCCGCAGCACGUAUAAAAGGGGAGCAUUGAGCGUAUCGCCCCGAUUUAUCGCCACGAGCAAUUCGAAUCCCCAGCGAACAACCCAGAACCGCAUCCUCAGCUACGUAUACAUCAACCGCAAUAUGUACUGCCAAACGUCACCCACAGCGGACCUGCCUCUCACGCCACCAAACACACCCUCCAAACAAACCAUCUCCGACGUCCCAUACGAUUGCGACGUCUGCCCAGCCUGCCAUGGGUCCGGCUACAUAACAUCUUCCUCCGAUGACGAGGCUCCCUGCCUCACCUGUCCCGGCCCACAACUCUCGCGUUACCCAACGACCUACGAUGGCAUCGGCAUGAAAGGCCAGCGACAACAACGAAAAGAAAAGUCAUCCUCUAAGCAGUUGAAAGUCCGCGCACCGAGCCCUCUUAUCAUCGUCCGCGUUGACGAGGUGGACGUCUCGUCUAGCGGAUUGGAGUUCGAGAGGGAUGAUGAAGCGUGUGUGGACGCCAAUACGGUUGCGUACGUGCUGACCAACCCUCGAGCGCGCUGGUCGCUGAAGCUCGAUUGGAUGCGCCAACGGCAUGCGGCCACCAACUCUCCUUCCUCCGCCGACACCAUUUCCCCAUUAUCACCAUCAUCAUCACCUGCCCAAUGCACGUCCCUCCCGCUGGAAUCGAGCUUCCCAACCAGAUGCAAAGAUGAGAAGCGACAGAGGAGGGGUUAUAGACGCAAGCUGUUCUCCUCCUUCCAGGUCGGCAUGGCAAAGUCUGCCUUCAAGGAAAUGGCACCCUUCGUCGCUAGUUAUCAGCAACGGCUGCAACAGGUUGCAGCAUGAAAGCCAUCGAGAGCAGACGCGGUAGAGAACAUUCCCCGGACUGGGAGAACAUUGCCCGGAACUUGUACAUAGCCUUCUCUUUUUUUUUGGAUGGGUCGCUUCUAUACACCACAAAUAUGAAAAUAACAUUUGAUACCCUGUA